AUGCCGGCCCGGGACCCCCCCAGCCCAGGCACCUGCAUGAAGCUCUUGGUGCUGCUGCUUUGGAACCUCCUGGUGUGGAGGGAGGCUGAGACGAGGUCGGCGGCUGCUGAGAAGUUGGCAGUGUCGGCUCCGGGAGCUCUCAGCAUGAAGGAGACCUUCCUGGUGCUCUCACUGCACAACAAACUGAGGAGCAAAGUGCAGCCUCCCGCUGCCAACAUGCAGAAGCUGGAGUGGAGCGAGGAGCUGGGCCGGCUGGCCGGGGCGCGGGCGGCCGGCUGCCUGCGGGGCCCUGCUCCGCAGCCCGUCCCACAGCUGGGCUGGAGCGAGGCGCUGCUGCCGGCGGGCGGCGGCGGCUUCGGGGCCGUCCUGGAGCGCUGGUUCGCCGAGGGAGAGCGAUACGACUACGGCAGCGGCCGCUGUGCCCCCAACGCCACCUGCCGCCGCUACACACAGCUGGUGUGGGCCACCGCGGGGCAGCUGGGCUGCGGCCGCCACCUGUGCCACGGCCGCCACGGCCCCAGCGAGGCCUUCGCCUGCGCCUACGCCCCGGGGGGCAACUGGGAGGCGGCCGGGACGCCGGUGCCGCCCUACCAGCAGGGCCCCUGGUGCUCGCUCUGCACCGCCGCUCUCUCCGGCUGCUUCAAGUCCUGGGACCACGGCGGUGGUCUCUGCGAGGUGCCCCGCAACCCCUGUCGCAUGAGCUGCAGGAACGGAGGCAGCCUGGACAUGGGCAGCUGCCAGUGCCGCUGCCCCCCUGCCCACACCGGACGCUACUGCCAAGUGCGGUGCAGCGGGCAGUGCCUGCACGGGACGCUGCGGAAGGAGGAGUGCUCCUGCCUCUGCCACGCCGGCUACGGCGGCCCCGACUGCGGCACCAAGGUUCGCUUCCCCUUCCACACCUGUGACCUGCGGAUCGAUGGGGACUGCUUCACGGUGUCCCCCGAGGCUGACACCUACUACGGAGCCAAGGUCAAGUGCCAGGAGAAGGGAGCGAUGCUGGCACAGGUCAGGAGCCAGAAGGUGCAGGACAUCCUGGCCUUCUACCUCAGCCGCCUGGAGAGCGGCAACAGGCUGGCAGAGACCGGCUACGAGACUGGCAACUUCUGGAUCGGUCUCACCUACAAGCCCUCCAAGGCCUCCUUCCGCUGGGCCGCGGGGGAGGGCUCCUCCUUCACCAGCUUUGCCUUCGGGCAGCCGGACAGCCAGGGGUUCAGCAACUGCGUGGAGAUGCAGGCCGCAGCUGCCUUCAACUGGAACGACCAGCGCUGCCGUGCCCGCAACCGCUACAUCUGCCACCUGGCCCAGGAGCACAUCUCCCUCUGGCAGCAGGAGCCCUGA